ACACUCGCCACGCCGCCAGCGUCAGAAAAUUCCCUGCCAGGUGGUGUCUUGGCGCGACAUUAGUGAUGAUAGUGAUGUGAACAUGUCUAGUGAGGGCAGCAGCAGGUUGCGGCAGUUCGGAUUGUACAAGACGAUUGAUACGCAGACGGCGGAGUUUCUGAAAUUGUCGAGGAAGAGGCAGAUAAGGCGAGGAUGUGCGUGUGCUGCUGUGUCCACGGCGAUUACAGUGACUGUUGUUGUGGUAAUUCUACUAAUCUACGAAUACGGGAUUGCAGUAGAAUCUAGCUUAGUACAAAAUAUAUACAGUUAUGGAAACUUGAGUUUGAAUGGGAGCGCCGACUCGCCCGUAGCAGACCGUCUGGACCGCAGCUACUUCGGGUUCGACCAGGAUUACUACGAGCGCAUGCCGCUCCUCGUCAACGCUAUGCAAGAAAACCACUACAUCGACCCUUUCCUAGAAACUGCCCCGACGAAAAGGGCGCGGCUGCUCAGAAACAAAACGAAAACCGCAAAACCGACAUCCAUCAGAAGAACGAGCCCGAGACCGUUCAUUUUCGAACUAAGAAGCCCCACUCCCACUCCUUUCAGCAGAACCUUCGGCUCUAAAAGCUGGGUCGAAAGCUACCGCAAUGCGCAAAGACUCGAGAACCUCCAACAAGUCAUACAGUACCUCGAAAAGACUAUUAAUGCUAAGUUUGGAGAUCUAUACGAGCUACCCUCCAGUUCCAGUUCCACUCAUAUUGCGUUUUCUGGAGUAUAUGUUAAACCAUCAUCGGAUACCAGCAAGGAAGUAAAACCGACCACACCUACGUUAGAUUUAUUAUUGCAAAGUUCUAAUAAAGUAGAAACGAGAAAUCACGUGUCAGAUCCGCUUUUCAGUUUCAAGCCUGAUAGCCCAGGUGACGUAAACCUGUUAGCGGAUGGAUUCUUAAGAUUCGCCCCAAGCCCGACUUUGGACAAGCCAACCACACCGAUGUUCAGACCGAUAUCUAAUCGAAAGAAACAAGACAAUGAAGAAAAGAAUGUUGUUGAUGCGCAAGCGAGCGAAAUCAAAAACAUUGAGACGUCAACUGUUGACAAGCCGAAUUCCUUUAAAGUUAUGCUGAAUUACGUUCCAACGAAAACAACGAUAGACUAUUCUUCCAGCGACGGAACUUCUUCGGCUAUCAACAAAGUAUAUUUUACAACAUCAAGACCCGUGAGAUUUCAAUUUAAGAGGAAAUCCAAUGGACCCGUUCGGCGUAUGUAUAUGCCUAGAAGUUUAAAAAGACCUAUAAUUAACAGAACAAAAGCUUCUCCUCCUAAAGAUAUCUUAAGGAAAUCAAGCGCUAAUAAAGAAGCGACGAUGAUCGUACAUGUAAAUCUAUACCCACAGAAGACAGUAGUGAAAGAAGUAGUUAAUGUUACAGAAAAUAAACAAGAGUAUACGACCACUCCAGCAACUACAACGACUCCAGUAACUACCACUACAGAAGUCAACACAGGUCGACCUUUGACGCAAGCACCAGAGUUAUCCUUCACUCAAGUAGAGGAUCAUCACGUCGGGAGUUCAGGCGUCAUUCCAGUGGAGCACAGGACGGUGCCUCCUCCACCCCUGCCACCAGUGUCUUUCAUCCCAACCUUUGAAACCACUGUAUCAAGUACCAGCGAAAUCUACUCCUGGCCUACAAAUCCACCAGAAGUAGUUAAGUUCAGCCCCGAAGAUGCUAAGGUCCCAGAUUACUAUCAUCGCUCAAGGGAAAUGGAAAGUAGGAGUUACACAACUGAAGUAAACAGUAGGACUUUUAAUCUUCAUGACGUAAAGUUUCAAGACCAUUAUGAUCAGUUAAAACAAGCAGAAGGAGAUAGUAAGCCGAUUGGUUAUAAUAGUAGAGAUUAUAAUUCUGAAGAAUCUGAAAUUAUAAAUAAUUAUGGAAGAUUUGGGGAAAAAGAAAUGGGUGGUUAUGCUGUUAAUGUUGAUAGUAGGCCGAUUAACCCUGAAUAUACUAGAUAUAUAGAUGCCCAUAGAUUUCGUGACAUGGAUAGUACAACUGAAGCUAACAGAAGGAAUUUUAGAGACAGUCUUCAAAUACAAGAAACUGUGGAGCCUUCAACUCUAGUAGUGAAACUCAAAAAUGAAGUAAAACUGAAAACUACCACUACUGAAGAAACGAUAUCAGAAGUAGAAGAUUCAGAGGAAGCUACAACAGUACAAACCUAUGUACCGCAAAUAAACGGUCACUACAGGAGCGUCAACCAAAACUCAAGAAUGAUCAACGAUUGGUUUGAUAAAGAAGAUGAAAAUGAUAGAAAGAAAAAAUUAGAAACGAGAGUAACAGGUUUAAAGAAACCAACGUAUGUAGAGAUAAAGCGAAAUAAUACUAACAUCAAUAAUGAUGAUGAUGAUGAUGAAAGUGAGGAAUGAUUCAGUUGUUUACUAAGUAUGCUUGCUUUUUCAUAUGUCCCACCGACUUUUACCUAAUGUAUAUAUUUAACUUAUAGUUUUCUC